CCCUUUCCCCCCGCCAUUCAUGAACGAAUAUCACAAUCCAAGACCAGAAGACCAAGGGACAUUUCAUUCAUACUGAAGUCAUUACAAUACAUGUUGAAGAAAAAAUUAAAAAUUGAUAGCCAAGUCUUUUUACAGGACAAAACCAAUCCAUUUAUCACUCAUUUUAAUUAUUUACUCCAAUUUAAAGCUUCAAUUAUAUUUGAUAAAUCAUUUACCAUACAUGCAUUUAAUUGCAACAUUAUCGAAUAUUCAGUAACACUUCUCUUUAGUUUUGAUUUCGUUUCACCAUUAAUAACAACUUUCAGUCAGAGCCUUGUUGCCCAUACCCAUCAAUUUGCACAGAAUCCUUGUAAUCGCCCACCUAUUGUGACGAACAAAUAAAUUGACCUUAGGCAUAGGUAUGAGUUAAAUGUGUAGGUUUAUAUAUAAGGGGAGUAAAGUUGAAUGAAUAAAGUAGAUUAAUAAAAUCCUGAUUUUAAGAUAUCUAU